CUGAAACGCAGCACCUUACACCGUCACGCCAACGACCAUGUCUUUUAGAAAGAUCGACAUUGAUGCCUAUGAUGAAGAUGUCCUCCUAGAGAGCGAGCUUUGUGAACCAGAUCCGCGCGAUCCAGCUCAAGUCUUGAGCGAUGCGAAACAGAAGCAGGCAGCAGUCCGGAGCACAUUAGCCAAGGGAGACAUACCAGGGGCCCUGAGCAUCGCGCUGGACAGCGCACCGUAUGGGCCAAACGUCGACGACGCUAAGAACCUGACGUUGCAAACGGUGGUCUCGAUACUCAACAGCACGAAAUCGUCAGAGAUCAACAAUGUUGUAAAAGCGCUUUCCCAGGAUGCUCAGGACACUUUGAUGAAGUACCUUUACAAGGGUAUGGGGAUGCCAGGCUGGGGUGAUGUGAGCGGAAGCGUGCUUCUGGGGUGGCAUGAAAAGCUGACGGAAGUCGCUGGCACUGGCUGUAUUGUACGAGUAAUGACUGACCGAAGAACUGUAUGAACGAGCAUACUACCUCCACUAAUUGAUCAGGGAUGUCUGUCUUUCAGCUGCACAGCAGAAUGAACACGGUGGAUUUUGGAUUGACAUGGAAGUAGUCUAUUCAAGUAACAAAACUUAUAGAUUCGACUACAAAUACAUUUACGAAGAACGAUGCAAUAUUACAUCAAGGUCGGUGUUGAUACAAUUGAACGGUUGACUAGAACUGCAGUCAGUCAGAGCCCUGACAGAGAGGUAGUAAAACCCACGCUAAAGAGACCUGGCACUCAGUCGAGAAAGAAAAUCCUCCUCAGUCAAAAUGCGG